CUCCACCGAGCAGGGAACCCAAUGUGAAACCGGACACCACGACACCUAGAUCAUGACCUGAGCUGAAGUCAGGAGUGAGAUGCUUAGCCGGCUGAGCCCCCCAGCCCCUGCCCUUCGCUGAGAGGGAGACCAGGUGAUGUCAGCCAUGCCCCUGAACGCCUGGCACCAGGAGUUGGUGACCUUUAAGGACGUGGCUGUCUACUUCACCCAGACAGAAUGGGCUGGACUUUCUCCUGCACAGAAGGCCCUGUACAGAAGUGUGAUGCUGGAGAAUUAUGGGAACUUGACAUCCCUGGGAUACCCAGUUCCCAGACCUGCUCUGGUCUCCCUUCUGGAGGGAGGGAAUUUGCCUUGGGGCUUGGAGGCACAGAAUAACCCAUCUGCAGAGAGGUCCAAAGGCAUCUGUAAAGGUACUGAGACCAACGUUGACAAUGAACCCACAUCAACACAGGGAAUUUCUGAAGAAAGAGAUGUGAUGUUGUCACAUGGUUUGCAGAAGAAUGUUGUUCAGGGAACCAACUUUCUAGAAACCUGUGAACUACAAAAGCACCAGGAAAUUCCCACAGUGAAAAAUAUUAAAGGAAAGGUUCCAAGAAUCCACUGUGCAAGGAAAACGUUCAGAUUGUUUGGGUAUGGCAGUUCCUCCCACUUUAUUCUUUUUUUUCCCCAAAAUUGUUUGAAAUUGGACUUAAAGAUUAAAUCAAGAUGAAUGUCCUUUCUUUGAAAAAUUACCUGUGCCUUUCUAUAUACAACUUCUUACUGAUGGUGGCAGAGGUGAUGGUGUAG